ACAGCUCUGAAAGAUCUUAAGUACAGAUUGUUUGGGGGCAGUAGAGAGUGACAGCUUAAAAAAAAUAGAAAGGAAGAAGGAAAAUUUGUUCUGAUCACGCCAUUACAAUCCGCUCUGGAACAGGAAACUUUCCAAAACCUUUCACCCUUUCAGCAGUUCUGGAUUUCUUCUUGGAUCGAAUGUGCUUAUUUACUACUGCUUGGAUUUGUCAUUUAUAUUUGAGGUGGAUCUGCAUGUCGACUAGCACAUUCUCUUUGGGGAUUUUACUUAUCAGUGCAUUUGAUCGUUUUUCUUCGAAAAGUGCGUGCAAACAAGACAAGAAAGCUUUUUGGAUACAUUUUCCAUACCUUAACAGGACGAACGCAGCAUGUUGGCUAAUGUAGGCAUCUAUGCUGCCAAGAAACGGAAGAAGCCCGUGCAGAAAAUACCCAAACCACCACCUCCUGAUGGAGCAAAAUCAAACCCUUCUAAACGUCACCGAGAUCGGUUAAAUUGUGAGCUGGACAAACUGACCAGCCUUUUGCCAUUCUCUGAGGAUGUGAGAGCACGACUGGACAAACUUUCUGUGCUGAGGCUCAGUGUGGGGUAUCUGAAGGUCAAGAGCUUCUUCAAUGCUACCAUAAAAAAACACAUGGGCUGGUUGGCAGAGAGACCAUUUGGAGGGAACGGGCAGAGUGGUCCAAUGAUUGAUGGCACCAGCUUCUCAGAAGAGGAUCUCCUACUCCAAGCUCUGAAUGGAUUUGUCUUGGUUGUCACAGCUGAAGGAUAUGUGUUCUAUGCAUCACCUACCAUACAGGACUAUCUUGGCUUCCAUCAGUCUGAUGUGAUCCACCAGAGCGUAUUUGAGUUGAUACACACAGAUGAUCGAGCCAUGUUCCGUCGCCAGCUCCACUUUGCUCUGAACCCAAGCCAGUAUGAUAAUGAACAGAACAGUGAAGUCAUGCAAAAUAGCAGCAGUGCUGGUAUUUCCAACAAUAUUGUGACCUAUGACCCCCAGCACAUUCCUCCUGAGAACUCAUCUUUCCUUGAGAGGAGCUUUUGCUGCCGUUUGCGCUGUCUCCUCGACAACUCCUCAGGAUUUCUGGCUCUUAACUUCCAGGGACGAUUGAAAUAUCUCCAUGGUCAAAAUAAGAUGUCAGAAGAUGGUACCAUGAUGCAUUCUCAGCUGGCCCUCUUUGCCAUUGCCACGCCUGUUCAGCCACCAUCCAUACUGGAGAUCAGAACCAAGACAUUCAUCUUUCAAACAAAGCACAAGCUAGACUUUACCCCAAUGGGAUGCGACACAAGAGGAAAAGUUGUUUUGGGAUACAGUGAAGUAGAACUCUGCAUGAAAGGAACUGGCUAUCAGUUUAUUCAUGCAGCAGAUAUGAUGUACUGCGCAGACAACCAUGUGAGAAUGAUCAAAACAGGAGAAAGUGGGCUUACAGUCUUUAGACUCCUAACCAAGCAUUGUGGCUGGAUAUGGGUCCAAGCAAAUGCAAGACUUGUAUACAAAGGAGGAAGGCCUGAUUUCAUUGUUGCAAGACAGAGAGCCUUGGCAAAUGAAGAGGGUGAAGAGCACUUCCGCCAGCGGAAGCUGCAGUUGCCCUUUCAUUUUGCCACUGGAGAAGCCGUCCUAUAUGACACCAGUCCCUCUUUGGAUGACUUCAUAGGAUCCAGUAAAGCGCCUAAAAUCAGGAAGACAUCUGAUCAGAAGCCACUGGAUCCUGAUUCCCUUCUUGGAGCCAUGCUUAAACAAGACCAGUCAAUAUAUGUGUCACAUGCAGCCUCUGAGCCACAGUACUCCCUUGAUAAAGCUUUUACGGACAGUCACUCAGUUGUUAAAAUUCAAGGUGACCUUAACCCUUGGCAACAAGGAAACCCUGAACAUAGUGCCUUUAAGCAGGAAAAUAGCACAUUGGCCAUGAUUGAUACCUUAGAACAGCUCAUUAAUGACAGCAACCUUUGUAACACUCUGCAAAAGUUGGAUGUGGAUGAGCUAGGUCUGAAAGAUUGGGAGAAUGCCCUACUGAAGAUGGACAUCAACAGUGAUAUGUCCAUCGAGCUGAAUGACAUCCUUACUAACGACAUUUUCUCAUAUGUGGAAGAUGCCUUGUUUAAGGAAAGGGACAUGGUUGCAAGUCCUGGGUCUGACCAGCACAAUUCUGAACAAACUGUAUUGCCAAACGGUUUUGCAGCCAAUCAGUUAGGUAACCAGAAUGCCUUUGUCAAUGUACAACAAAACCUUUUUGAUAAUGACUCUCAAAGCAGUUCCUUGUCACGGGGUAAGAACCAGCAAAGUUUCUAUCCUCAAAGGUUUCCCACUACAGAAAUACAGAAUUCCCUGCUGAUAGAUCAGCAAAAGUUCAAUCAUCAAACUCAAUUACUUCCAAAUAGCCAAGGAGUUUCUCACAGUCAACCCAAUUAUGUUGGAAUGGGAGCACAAAGUUUGGUAGGAUCAAUAGAAGGAGCUGGAGACUUAAAAAAUGUUGAUCCUCAGAUCCCUGUGGAAUUACAUGCUUCCUCACAGAUUCAGCAAAGAAUUAAUCAUACACAAACUGGUGAUCUUCCCAAUCAAUGCAGUUCUCUUGGAUUGCCUGAACACAGCUCUCAAAGCACCUUGGUCCAAAACUAUCUGACUUUUAACCAAGCAUUGACGAGAUCAUGCAUGCAAAAUGCCCAGAUUGGACAUGAGUCACAGAAUUUGUCCAGCCCCAAUCAGCAUCAGUUGAAAAACAUGGAUAUAAAUACCCAACACCGAUUAAGGGCAGCUUCUCAGGCCAGUGCAGGUCAGGCUUAUCCUAACUCACUUGCUUUGUCUGCUCAAGGAUCACUUCAACCUACAUCACAAGCCCAGCAAAUGGUAGACUCACAGCAGACAAUUUUAGGCCAACCAAAUCAUAUGGCCUCAAGUCAGAAUAAACAGUGGGUUCCUUCCAUUCCUAACACUAAUUUUGCACAGAGUGUGCUACAGACAUGCCCAUUGUCUAAGAAAGAGCUGCUCUUAAAACCACCUACAACUUCCCAACUCCAUGGUCAUUUCUCAGUUCAGACCCAAAACAAUUCGACUCUAAGAACACAGCCAUGGCAGCAGAAACAACGGCCACAGCAGCAACAGCAAAUACCACCGGUGAUGCAAAAUGGCCAGCACUAUCCCACAGAGCCGCUGCCAGAAAGACAAACUACAUCACACCUGCCUAGCUGUUAUAGCACAGCCCAGGAACACCAGUGCAAUACCCUUGGAAGCAAGGUGUUACCUCAGAAUUCCCAAAAUUGCAGGGUUGGUUUUGGACCUCAAACAGCAAAUAAUAUCUACAGGUCCCCUCAGGGGCUGAUGGUUAAUCCUAUAACCCCAUCAAACAGUUGCAUGUUUGAAAACCGCUCAUCAGUCCCAUUACAUGGGAUGCAACUGAGCAACACAGGACUUUCUGCCUCUAUGGCUUUGUGCCAGAAGUUAAAGCCAUCCCCCAACCAAAGCCCCCCACAGGCAUCUUGCUAUUUCCAAAGAAAUGCCAGCCAGCACAUUGUUGGAACAUCUGUGAUUCCUCAAGAAGACAUAAGCAUCAGUCCUUUGUCAUGCCAGGUUCAAUCAGAUUUCAUUCCUGAGAGCCUGUUAUCACAUCAAUUUGUGAACUGCAAUGGACAGACUCAGAUCCGUCCAGUUGAAGAGAACGGAUCUUGUUCUUUUCCACCAGUCCCAAAUGGAAACACAUUUUUCUGAGAACAGUUAAAUGAACUUCUAUGAUUUCUAAAGGGAUUUCUUUUUCUAGCGGCAUUGCAAGUAGAAAAGAAAUUGAACGCAUGCUCAUCCGAGUCCAAAGAUCACAGCCACAUGUCCUUGAGGUGCCUUCAAAAUAUUAAUUUUUCAUACUUCACUUUUAACAUGAAAGAUUUCUGUGACAUUAAAAACUGCACAGGACAUGAAUCCUGCUGAACCCCGACAAAGGGAAUACAAAGGAUCAUUCUUUGGAAAUGUCAAUCAGCAGCAAAACAAUUAGCUUCUGAUGUUCCUGAUGCACAUUUAUGAGGGUGAAAAGAAUUUGGAAAUGUUUAUUGAAAGGACCAAGCCCUGAAUGGAUCUUGGUGUUUAUUAUUUUCAACCCCCACCCACAAAAUUCGAGACAAGGAUUAUUAUUAUUAUGGAGCUAAACAUUUUGGUCAGAGGGAGAUUUACAGUAUAGCUGAAGAAAUAAGUAAAAUGACUGUCAUUCCACAGCCAUGUCCUGAAAUUCUCUGAUGAGAUUCUUGGGAAUGUAGCUGAGUUAACUGAAAUACUGGCCAUGACAGUAAGUAUCAUAUAAUCCAAAAUCUAGGAAUAAAGUAUACUCUUGUAGCUUUGUAGAGGGUUUAUCUUUUAAGUAUUGGAUGUUUUUAGGUAUUGGCUUUAUUUAAUUUUUAGUACUAUAGAUAGGGUAAAAUAUAAUACAGAAUUGUAGAAUUGAUGGCAUAAUUGGCAUAUUGUUUUAGUUAAGAGACCAAAGAGUACUCAAUUGUCUAUAAAAGGGUGGUGAAACUCUACUCUAACCCUAACCCUCUACUAAAUUUUAGCUUAAUUGAGACAAUUUUAUUAUUAUAAAUACAAGUUUUUGUAUGUAUUUUAAUAUAAAGAGGCCUAAAGAUGUUCAAGCUGAUCCUAAUUUCACUAUCAAAGUCAGACAUGGAAGUAAACAACAAUUAUUAAUUUGAAGACCAUGUCCCCUAUCCCCUCAGAAAAUAAGUAGUUAAGCAGAAGAGCAUAUCCUCCAUCCCAUCUGAGGUUUGUGUCCUGUGACAUAACAUCCCACACAGCAUGUGAUUGUGAUUGAUGACAGAAGGCAACAAUAGUUGAAACUAGUAAAAGGAAAAAAUACAUAUAUUCAUGAAGUCUUUCUUAAUUAUUGGACGUAUUAUAAGUAAUUUGAUUAGACCCUAAUUUAUAGCCUCUACAGUGCAUUUGCUUUACAGUGAUGUAAAUAAAAAAUGUAAGUAAAAUGACUUGCCAUGAAAAGAUAUGUGUCCUAAAGAGCUACAUAAAAACAAUCCACAGAAAAUGUCUGCUAAGGCUCCUUGCUAUCUAAAUGGCUUUUAAAUGUUUUUUUUAGUAUUAUAUUAUAAAAAAUGUUAGUCCAAAUAUUAUUAUGAAUAUAUAUUAUUCUUCUGCUUUUUUAAAAAAAUGUGCAACUUUUUAUAUUUUUAUAAGCAUUGAGUUGUAAUUCUUUACAUGUCAUUGAGCCAUUAUGUGUUUGUCAGAAGCAUUGAUGUUUGUGUGUUUGCUUUUAUUUCUGUUGUAAUUAGUACUAAAAAGAAGGCAGCCAGGAGUUUUUUAAAGUUCAGUCCCCUUUUAUUCUUAAGCACUUUGGAUAAAUCUGUCCCAUGUUUUCUUGAGAGGAAGCAUGGGAAGCAACGGGCAUGGGAUAGCUAAAUCGUUGUUGAGUGAGUUUGUCUUUUAUGUGGACAUGUGGAUUUAUCAUGUGUAUAUAUAUAUAUUGAGCAACACGUACAGUAGUAUGUUAUAAAAGCAUUCAGUUGAAGAAAAUUCAUUUAUGGAUCCAGGCUGAGGUUUGAUGCAGGCUAUGAUUGUGGCACUGAGAUCAUGGGUGUCCUGAUACCCCUCAUGUUUAAGUAUUCUGUGGAAUUUUUUAUGAGCUGAAGUAAGAACUGCAUGGUUUUGUUGACUAUUCUGCUUUUCUCAAACAUAUCUGAGAGUCAUUUUUUAGCAUCAAAGUCAAUAUAUUUAUAUUGCAUUUUUAAUAGGUUGUCAUAUCAUGAAUUGCAAAACAUUUGACAGCAAUUUCCCUUGAGGAAGCAGAACAGCCCUGACACUCUGGCAAGUGGCCAGUUAUGAUCAUAACCCAGUAUUUUGAUGAAGAAAUUACUGAAGUGUUCUGUUAACAUUUGUACACAAAAACAAUUAAGGUUAAGCAAGUAAGGAAAAACAUAGGGAUAGCAUGGGCAAUAAUGUACUGUAUAAUUAUUUAGAGACACACACAUAUUGUAUAUAAAGAUUCAGACACUUUCUAUCUGUGAAUAGAGAAAGAUUUUAUAAAUCUUACAAAUACAGGGGAUAUAACUUAGAGCACUAACAGAGUAUAUAAAGUACAGAGUGUAUAUAAAGAAACAUUUUGAGAACAUGAGAAUCGUUUGACCUGCCACAAUCAUAGCUGUUACAAUAGUUGCAUAGUGAAAAGCUGAUUAGAUCAGCUUAAAUUAGACUCACUUCUAGGCUGAAAAACCUGUGAAAAAGUUUGUAUUAAUUAUCUCAUACUAUGGUAAGCAGUGCAUCUUGUAUCUUAGUGUGAACCUAUAUAUGGAAUUUCUUCAGGAGUUUCAUGAUGCAUGUUUUUAAGCAGGCUAAAGAAGAUUUUUUUUAUCUAGUAUUAUCAUUUCCCACCCGUUUUUUUAGAAUUGUUGUUGUAGGUGAAGGUGGUCCACAUUGAGACAAAACAGUGUUCCUCAAAAAAAUGCUGGUUUGUUAAUAUAGAAAGACCUGAUGUAUUUUCUGUACUCAUUGUUCUUAAAACAUUUUGGUCUUUGUUUAUAAAAUGGGAAUUGCAUUUUUAAUAUUUCCCUCUACUUUAGCUUAUAUACCAAAACAGAAUAUUCUUCUACGUUUCUUGUUUCUUUGCGAAGGAAUAUUAUGGUUUUGAUGUGCAGGGAAGAUGUUGAUAAAAAAUGGCAGCUAUACUGUAUUUUACAGUGAAAGUAUCAGUUUAAAGUCCAUCACACUACAUAACUUUGUGGCCACAGGCAGUUGGCUAGUAGUAUGCCAGAAGCGCCGCACAAUUCCAGAAAUUGGGUGUACUUUUAAAUUGUAAAAUUAAAAUAUAUGUACACAUAGAGGUCCAGUGUAAUGCUUUAAAAUGUAAUGAUUUAUUCUAUGUGCCUUAAAUUUGGAAAUCUGUGAUUGAGGGACAUGUGCUGGUUUCUUUUUCAUUUUAGGGGGUGCAGUGGAUACAUUAAUAUCCACGAGGUCACACAAGGUCUGUGUAGCUUCAACUAUUUCAUGCAUACUGUAGUCUGCUCCAAAAAAACUAGUUUAGAGAUAGCUCACAUGCAGUUGAUGCACUUUUGAUCUUAUUAGGUUUUAUGUGAUAUUACUGAGCCAAUGAUUCUUAAAGUUGCCCCUUUUCAAAUUAAAAUUAUGACUUUCAAAUAAACAUUUCUAGGAAAUGUUAUUUAGCACACAAUUGCCUACCUUAGUCCAGUUCCACCUUUCCAUUAAGUACAGUGAAGGUGUUGCAUUCUGCUACCCAAAGGUAUACAGCAUUCAGCUAAUAUGGCAAAACCCAAUUAGUAAAAAAAAAGCAAAAUGUCUAGAUAUAUUUCCAGAUAGACUACCAAAUAGUUUUCCACAUGAUAAUUGUGGAAAAGACUGCAUUAUCUCAUGCCUCUAAUAUCUUGAACCAUUUUUUAUUUUUGCAUUUGCUAUUGAAGUUAUGUUGUUACAUUAAGCAAGAUGUGACAUACAGUAUUGCCCUGAUGACUAGCAGUUGACCCUAAUGAUUGGUGUUACAUAGAACCUAUCUAUGAAAUAGAUACCUAUCUAUGUUUGUGACAUCACAAACAUAAGUAGCUGAUGAGUUAUGUUCUUUGCUUUUUGGAAUAUUUAAUGUUAAAUAAUACAUAUGACAGUGGUUAGUGGAUGAGCAAAUAGUUAAGAAUCAAAAGGGAACAAUGUGAAAAUAAUUUUGUUACACAUGAGUAAAGGUAAUUGCAAUAUUAAUUAAAUUAAUGCAUUAAUGCAAUAAAGACAAUAAAUAUGUGAACUUCCUCAAAUUGAUGUGUGUAGGGUUAUUCUGUCACACUUGUUCAUGAUAAUUGGACAUUAAAUGUGCACUUCAAUUCUCCUGUAUGACCUAGGGGCAACUUUUGUAAAUUAUUGUCCGCUUUUAAAUUUGAUGUCUUAUAAAAUAACUUCAUUAGUGUAUACAUAUUCCAUACAUGGAGAUUAGUAUUGAAAGAAGUGUCUGGAAAAGUACUUGUUGCCACAAGGAAAAACAAUCUUGUAGACUAAACUUUUGCAUGUCAUGGUUCAGUUUGGAAGAAAAUGGCAACAUUAAUGGGGCAAGUCUGCAAAAAUGUAAUGUAUUGUUUACAAUGACUUGACUCCCACUGUUACUAUAACAAUUCACAGCUCUAGGCCUUUGUAUACUUCCCUUUCAAUUUUAAUUAACCUGACAUUUUGGUGUUGUUUUAAGAACACUAAAUUGGGCUUAAUAAAGCAUUAGACUGUUCAAACAUUUUUAAAGGAAUAAGAACUGGACCCACAUAUGAUAAUAAUAGCAUGAACAGUUAUUUCAACCUUCAACAUGACAUUUAAUUAUUUCAGCCACUAAACAUACAAUUUAUUGAGCAAAUAUCUGAUAUUUUAAUACUGCUGUGGAUGAAUAUACCAGUAUACAACCUGUUAAAUGGUUUCCAUUGUAUUUGAUUAUUUCAUUACAAACAGAGCCUUAAUUUUAUGUCUGGCAAUUGAUGGUACUUUAAGAGUUCUAUUAAAAAUACUGUUUGCUUUAACAGGACACAUUAUUAAUUUUGGGGAAUAAAUCCCUUUCAGGCAGAAUGCAGCCUGUACCUCUUGUUGAAGUGCCACAUCACUGCCUUUCUACUGAGUACGUAUAUUAAAGGCAAAAAUUAUUACAAAAUAUCCUGUCAAUUUAUCUGAUCCAACCUUUCAUUUCCCACAAGGCCAGGUUAACAGGGUAGCUUAUCACCAUUUUUAGUGACAUCACAACUGUUCUGACAGUGUGCCUUCCCAAACUUGAGCCUGAUUAAGUAGUUUUGCUAGGCCCAUUGAAAAAAGUUAUUUCUGUAGAGAGCUAACCUCCACCAGAUUGCUAUAUUCACCUUACAUUUAAAUUACUUCUUUCUGAAACGAUACAUGAAAGCUUUUAGAUCUACUGCUUAGGAUACCUGUGACUAUUUUUGUUUUUUCUUUAUGGCUUUUCCUAUAGGACUGUUGCAGAUUCCUAGCAGCUGAUGCAGCUUCUUUUGAGAUUUUGGAUGUGUGGUUAAGGUUUGACAGAUUUCAGCUUUUUGUGUUAUUGUUAAGGCUUGCAGCACCUGGGAUUGUUUCAUUCUCUAACCUAUUUCCUCUAAGAGUUCUGUGGAUUGCUCACUACUGGUUGUAGGCUCCUUCACAGAAUUUUAAAUGCCUAUAUACUGACUCAAGGGAAGGUCUCAACUUAUUUGAUGCAGAGUCUCAAAUUCUCUUGACACUAGAUGCACGGUUUCCAUCAUUGCAUGGUCUUGAGCAUUAAUGUGACUUAAGGUUUCAAUGUAAGAUCUCAAACUUUGACAUGACCUAGAUCAUCAGUGCAGGAUCUCAAGUUAUGAUGCAGGAUUUAAAGUAAGAUAUCAAGCAUUGACAUGACCUCGAGUAUCGAUGCAGAGCCCUGACUCCCUCAAGCAUUGGUACAGGGGCUUUUAAAACAACACACUAAUGCCCCAAUUUCAGCCUAGCAUUUGAUGAGCCACUGCAAAGGUAUACACAAGGCAAAGGAGUCAUUGCAUCAGUCGAUUGUUUCUGUGUUGAAGGCAAACAAUGCCUUCAUAAAAUCAAACAUUGAGAAAUGACUUUAGUUAAGCUGAUGAUUUUCCCUUGUAUGGAAUAACAGAUAAGUCAAGUGACUGUGGCAUGUAAAUAGUUUUUUGUGGCCUAUUGAGCAGCCAGAAAUUUGGAUACCAUCUCCCUCCCACUGUUUCCCUUAUUAUUUGUUGGAGGAUGGAAAUCUUGGUGGCACUUACCUGGUGGCAAUCUCAGCCUGCCAUGAUAAGGUGGAUGGAUCUCAUAAACUCUCCACCAUGUGAGUCUGCAUAGAGCCAUAAGACAUCAUCCAGUGGUGGAUUUGCAUCCUCUGUUUUUUAUGACAGUGUUCUUUAAAGAUACUAUAUCAGUCUGGAGGGUAAAGGAGUUCCACAUACUUUUAGCCAGUGUCUUCUUGGUAUUCAUGAAAGCUGAAUAUCCGUCUUCAGCUUUUGUCUGCCUAAAACAUGACAAUUGUCAUUCCAUGUCAAAUCAACCAAUCUUGUUGGUGGACAUCUAUGCACAUCCAUCAUGGCUAUCUCUACCUGCUGGCCCUGUCAUGUUGCUGGACAUUUACUGUGGCUAUGUCAAUUGUUAAUGUCAUUCAUAUGACCUACGACACCUCUAGCCUUUAUCCUUUGGGUAGUCUGUAGACUGUAGCUAGGUCCCCAUCUACAUUUUAUAUAUUUUUAUUAUCUUUUUUUAUGGAAGUGACACAGACUUUGCCUUCCUUGUCCUUGAUUAGAUGCAGAAUGUCUCUAUCUAGAAUAUUAUAUUGCGGUACCCCCAAAUACCUUCAAACUUGUUAAAUUCGUGACCACUGUAAAUCCAACCUUUCUGUUCAUGGUUAAAUGGGUACUCCUGUUUCCCUAGAGUUAUGACAUUGCAUUCCACCUAAAAGAAGAUUGGGGUCAUUAUCAAAAGCUUCUUGUUUGUAGAAAAUGGUAAUGGACAGCCUCUUAAGAGAAGAAGGGCAGAGCCAGAUGAUGUGUCAAGGUCUAAAUAAAUUACAUUAAUGUAGGUACCAGGAUAUAUAAUUGCAGCGAUAUAGCUCUUUCCCAGGAGGUAAUAACUGCAUUCUUUUUUAGGGUCUGUUUUUUUGUGAACUAUCCAUGAUUUUAGGAUUCAUUUGCAGCUUGUAGAAAGAAACAAAGUAAUCUUCCGUAUGCUUGUGAUGGAAGCACAUGCUUUUGCAAAUAUUUCCAGAGCCCUGCCUUUAUGCUGUUUCCUCAUACAUCCCAGUGUCUCCAUUUAAUAUGCAGUAUCAGUGUAUUAUGUACAGUAUAGUCAUUUUGUGUCUUGUUGCUUUUAAAGACCUUAACAUACUACUGUAUAUAUUUUUUUGUGCACGGCAGUUUAAUUUGUGUUUUUAUUAAGAAAAGACGUUUCUUUAAAAAAGAUACAUGGUCUUGUAGCUUUCUUGCUUCAUAUAGCAUAUUAAUAAUGGCCUGCCUUGUUCCUUUUUAUUCUUCUUUGUAAUCUUUAUAUUAUUAAAGAGGCAUUCAAUGA